UCACGGCGCAGGCGCAGAGUACGCGCGGCGCCGCUCGAGGCGGAGGCGCUGUGUCUGUGGGCCUCCGCGCGGGUCUGGGGAGAGAGCCAGGUAGCUGCGGCCCAGGCGUCAUGUCAGACAACGAGGACAAUUUUGAUGGCGAUGACUUUGACGAUGUGGAGGAGGAUGAAGGGCUAGAUGACUUGGAGAAUGCCGAGGAGGAGGGCCAGGAGAACAUUGAGAUCCUCCCUUCUGGAGAGCGACCGCAGGCCAACCAGAAGCGAAUCACCACACCAUAUAUGACCAAGUAUGAGCGAGCCCGCGUGCUGGGCACCCGAGCCCUUCAGAUCGCAGUCACGAUACCUUGGUGCUUUGAUUUCCUGGACCCAAAAAGAAUAAAAGGAAGAUCAUUAGAAACAUGCACAGAGGGAUGGAGGAGCCAGAAGGAGGGAAAUUACUGCUAAAACUCAAACAUUUGCUGAGAGGGUCUGUCUUAUGUUAAGUAUUCUUAUCACAAAACAAACAAAAAACACAGUUGCUGAGUUGGCCUUGAUGAAAACAUUUGCAGCCGACUCUAAGGGAGGACCCAGAGCCACUGUAUAACCACAGGCACCCUGCGGGCACUGCCAGGCGGCUGCAGGUCACAGGACCCCUGGACGGUGUCCUGGCUGUCCCUGCUGAAUGCCUUGGUACAAGGGGAGGCUGCGUUUGUAUGACACUUUGUUAAAGCAAACUAGGUACAAAUAAAGACUUAUACCCAAAGAUGUCUACUGCAGCUCGCAGAAUAGUGAAAGUUGGCCAGCUCCUCAGUGUUCAGCAGUAGGGGGCUGGUGAAAGAAAUCACAGCACCUUCCUGUUGCAGAAUAUGACACAGCCACUAAAAAUGAUGCUUAUGAAAAAUGUUAAUGACACAGGAAAUGCUUCUGGCUUAAGCUUUAAUAAAACCAAGAUAUAUGUGCAUAUAUAUUACUUCAAUAAAAAGCAAAAAAGGAAAAACU